CAUUGUUCCGACCUGCGACUGCCGCUCGUCGUCGUCGUCGUCGUCGUUUCGAUGUGUGGCAAAGCCAAAGCAAAGCUAAAGCUGCUCACAAAAAGGUUAGGGAUAAGGAUGACCAUUUGCGCCAAAAUUUGCUUUGGGAGGGCGCGCACUGCCAGACGAGAGUGAGCAUUCAAACAGCCCACACAAUUGUUCAAGACACUCCCGCUCGUCACUCGCACAUCAGCCGUGGAGUGUUCACUUCGUGUCUUUCGUGUCCAUCAUCUCAUCACAUCAAAGUGACGGCAACACCACCAUGAGCAGCUCGUCGUCGACAAGCAACACCAAGAAUGGUGCCUCUGGUACUAGUAGUAGUGGUAGUAGCAAGAACGCUUCGAAAGAUCCGGUGAAAGCGCUGUUGAAACUGGCUCGUCAGAACAAGCACAUGGCGGAACGGCAGCAUUUGCUGUUGACCUUUUUGCAAAUGGGCGCCUCUCUGUCGGAUGUGAAGGAAGUGUACGAAAUGCGCCCUUAUGCCUUGAAUCGCGAUGUCUUGUUUGAAGCCGGCAAGCUGCAGGUGGCUCCGAAAGUGCUCAAGUUUCUGUUGGACCACUUGAGCAAAAGUCUGGGAUACGAGUACUAUCUCUACAACAACCCCCGUCGAUCCUUUACUCUCAAACAAGACCCUCAUCUCCUCACCGAUGGCAAUGUCACACUGGGACUACAGCAAGUCGUUCAAUCCAAGAUUGCCUUUCUCAAGGUGUUUGCUCCCGAAAGUGGAAAGCCAUUCUGGACGCUCAAAGAGUUUGUCGAGUUCUUUUCGGGAGAAGUCCUCAAAAGUCCACACAUUCAGACACUCUGUUGUACUUUUCCCAUCAAGGAUGAACUACAAUCAGCAGCAUCUACCAACAAAAAGGCCGCUUCCAAACCAACCGCCAUGGAAGAAGUCUCUGCCUCACAAACUCAGACUGUCACUCUACAACAACCUGCAGAAACGACUACUGUCACCACUCAAGCAAAGCCUCCAAAGCCUCACCCAAUGGCUGCCAAAAUCAAAGCCAGACUGCAACCCAAAAAGCUAGAGCAGUGCAUCCUGGAAGACGUGCGGAUCAAGGCCCAGUAUGCUCACAAAACCAGCGACAGUCUUUUGCAAUUGGUACGCAGUCUGGCAAACCUUCCCAAACUCAAAACAUUUGCGCUUCAGAUCCAAAAAGACGCCAUCAGUCCCAAAGGAUUCAAAGAAUUCAAACAGUUCCUCCCAGAAGCCGUUGGCAAAUUGAUUGUCACUUGCAAAACACUCGAGAAUUUGAUUCUAGAUGCUGCCGACUUGAAAAAACCUGCGGAAUGGGAUCCGCUCUGGAAAGCCUUGGAAAAGAAUCCACCCCUCCAGCGUCUUUGGGUGCGAGGAUUCCAGCAAAAAAUCAGCGAGGCCGCCGUCAAGGCGCUCCCCAAAGCAUACAAGCCAGAACACGCCGUCCACACAGUGUCACUGGAAUCCGUUCGACGCAAUCUACUCGCCGUCUUGGAAAAAUACAACACGACGCUGACCGUGGUGCGAUUCGUCAUUCCAGAGUGUCGUUGCGAUUCGGCAUUCCAAUUGGACGGCGACGAUUGCUUUUUGCAUCACAAGUAUUAUUCUCUUCCGUCCUGUACACCCGCCAUUACUACUACUGCCAAUACCACCAACAACCAACAGCAGCAGCAACCGAAUGGAACCCGAUACAUUCCUCCCCCCAAAUGCGUCCCGGAAUUGGACCAUUUCUUGGCCAUGAAUGCUCACGGACGAGCGGCCUUGAAGGCGCCCCGCAUGACACACAAUCAGUGGUUGGCAGCAUUGACCAGUGGGAAUCCCAGCGACCGAACCACCAAGAACAAAUUCCCUGCUGAUCCGUCCAUUGUCUUUUCCCAUCUCCGCAAUCGUCCCGAGUACGUGGCCAUGCUCUACUCGUUGAUUCGUUCUCCUACUAAACAAUCUGCCGCUUUUGAUAUGGAAGAACUGCACUUGGCCGCGCAAGGAGUCUUGGCAUUGCCAUUGGAGCGUUUUGUGGAGCUUUGUGCACGACGUAUUGAUGACGUGACGGCAAUCUACUCCUUCCUACAGGUCAAUCCUACCAUGUGGUUGCACUAUCUACAGACCGCCAAACAAAUUGUCAAGGAACUCAAGACACAAAAGACCAAAAAGCACUUUGCCGGAGUGGUGGAACUCACCAAAGUCACGCGCAUUGUGCAGACGGGCACUCGCACCAUUACCUCGAACAACAAGACGACGCAAGUGCCCGUGUACAAACCCCAAGCGGUGGUGCUGACGCAACCACGCAAAGUGAUUCGUCUCAAUGUCGCUCCCAGUGUCGAUCAUUCCACACUGACCAAGUUCCCCAAACUGGCCAUUGGUGGUCGUGGACGGGACGAGUUGGUAGCCAAGCGCAAGAAAAAGGCGGAAGAGGAUGUGUCCAAGCCAGCUGCAGUGGCGAAUAGCAAGAAAAAGGAGUCGACCGUCCCAUCCACUACCACACGCACCCUGGCAGAGACGACCAACACCGUCAAGCCCAAAAAGGUGGCGGCCAAGAAGCAACAGCCCGCCGCCAAGAGCACGGUCAAGGAGACGGGGGCGACCAAGAAACAGACCGCCAAGAGCAAUGCCAAGAAGACGGGGGCAAGCAGCAAAUCCACAACCGCCAGCAAGCGAAAGGUGGCGGACAGCAUUGCUGCCUCUGGGAACAACAAGGCGGCCAAGAAGGGCAAGGGUGCUUCCAAAAAGGCUGCUGCCAUUGAGAUUGACGACGACAGCGAUGAUGACUUCAUGGCGGAUUUGGAUGCUUCUGAUAUGGAAGAUAUCGCCCAGACGCUUGCCAAGGCCACAAAGGUACCUCGUGUGCGUCGUCGUUCGGCGGCGAACUCUCGUCGUGCUGGUGGGGCACGCAAGAAACCCUCCAACAAUAGUAGUAGCUUGAACGAGCUCAUUGGCGAGGAGUCCUCUUCGGAUGAGGAUGACUGUGUCGAGAAGGGUGGCGCUGACUCGGAUUGGGACCGCUGUGAUGAUGGAGAAGGGCGCGCGGGUGAGGAUGGUGGUGACAGUGAUUCUGAUUUUGAGUGAGCCUGAGAUGACGACUAGACGAUUUGAAACUAUACGGAAGGCAGCACUGCAGAGGCAUUUACCGCAUUGUUCCGAUACGUGGUUGCUCCUGGUCUAUCAACGCUUGGGUUUGCCAACGAUAUUCUCCAUAGCUAGCUAGCUAGCAAUGUAACUAGCUAGCACCUGACAGCAACUAGCUACCGGUAGCUCUACUAGAUAGAUAGCCCCAAUACCCGGAAUACGUACAUGUAGUCCCCGUAUUCGGUGUCUUCGUGCAUUCCCAUUUUCCAAAAGAGGAGCUUUGAGCCUACCAGUACAUGUAUUUUUGGUCCAGGGGUGGUCCACCUGUGAACUUCAAUCCGACCUGCAGGCUUAA